UAGGUCUCUACCUUUCCUGCCUCCUCUCUCUCGUCUCAGUCUCUCUCACUCUCGUCGCGUGCUGCGUUGCGCUCUUCUGGCCCGUUGCAACGAUUUGCACUGUGAUUGCAUCGUUUGGGUUAUUUCGCCAUGACCCCCACCUCGUCGCCAUCGCACGUAGGUAGUCCAGAUACAGAAGUUCAACACAUGCGUUGCAAACCUUGCGUCCGUAGCCACAUUUGGGCUCGGUCAGGUUUUUGUGGCUACGGCAGUGUAUCGUAACACAUGGUUGGGGUGAAAGCGUGGAAUGCUGGCCACGCUGCAGAUGACCUCGUGCCUGUUUUCAAAAAAACGUUUGCGCACCACCUGAAUCAUGGCGGCUGGGUCUACAGUUCUCUAGACAUGAAAAAGGGGAUCAAUAUUGAUGAGAUGAAGGAGUUUGCAACGGAGCUGGAGGACCUCAUCAAAUUAGAUCCUCGGGGAGGGCACUUCCUGCAAAAAGACGUGCACGAGGCUAUCAAACGACUAUCAGUUGAAGAUUCUUCGAAGGGUUUGUUCGACUCGUACACCCAGGUGAAGGGCCACGAGGACAACGAACACACAAUAUCACUCAUUGCGUACACAUACAGAGUGGUGCUUUCCCACGUUCGAGAAAAAUACGAUGCCUUCACCAAGAUCGAUCAGAACGCUGCCACAACACAUCCCGAGUGGCUUCGGUCACUAUACUCGCACAUGAAGGACGUCGUCAACGAGCCUCCCAGAAUGUCGCCCCAGUAUCCGAGGAAGAAGCAUCCUCUACCUGCUUUUCGGCUGCCAGAUGAAGAUGAAGAUGAUGAUAACAAACCUGUGACGGUUCUGAAACAAAUCGAGAUGACAGCCACGGAGGCGAUGGCGGUCAAGCUUCUCAGCGACGGGUGCAAGGUCAUUGCUUCGUCCUAUUCCGCAGGCGAUGGUGGAUUCGCUAUUGCCAGUUGGGGAGGUUCCGAAUCCUGGGUUACAACGAUUCCAAAUCAAUACAUUGCAGAUGAUGGCAAGCAGUUGAAGCGCCCACAGCCUUUUGAAGUGCCUCCUGAACCCAGGCCAAAGGGAAAAGGACAAGCAAAGGCGAAGGGGAAGCCACACAUGAAACGGCCAGCUGCUGCUGCAGAGGCCGAUGUCCGAGUCAAGCGCCGCCCAGCAGCAGUCAAGCACAAGCCAGCGGCUGCCUUCGCAGUUCUACAUCCCGCUGAUGCAGCAGACGUUCCAGAGGAGGCGGCUGCGGGAGAGGAGGAGGAAGAGCCUGAGGAGGAUGCUCCUGCCGCCGCUGAGGGAGCCCCAGUGAUCGACCUGAGCGUGAUUCCCCGUGAGCUCCAUCCCCCAGGGCCACUGGAAGGGAAGAAGUCUUGGACUGUGAAGCCGUUCGAUGGGCCCUGCACCGUGUCCGUCCUCGCAACCAAGAGCGCAUUCUACAUCAACGGAGUGGCUGAGAUCCCGAAGGAGCUCUCAGACCUCGAGCUGGUCUGCAAUAAGAAAGGCGAUCUGAAUGUCGGUUGGGGUGAUGAUAUUGGCGCAGCCUGGGCCGUAGUCAAAGCAGUUGUCAUGCAUACGAAUCUUCUCAUAGAGAAAGACAUGUGAGCUGCACGUGGGCCCG